GAACAUCCCUUAUUUACACUCAUUGCCAUCCAAUCACUCCAAUCGACUGCUGAAUAUACUGAGAUUCGUUCCCUCUCCGUGUCUGCGCGUCUGGGUCGACGAGGGAUUGAGCUGAAGAAGAAGAAGAAGAAGGGAGAUGGAUAGUUUCAAGCUUCAAGUCGUUCAACUGCUUUCCGGGUUGACUUGAGAGAGACAGAGAGAAAGAAAGGAGGGGACGCUUGAAGCUGUGGCGUGCUCAUGGCAAAGCGCGUCUUCGAAGUCUGGAAAGGGAGCAAUAAGUUCUUUCUUGGUGGAAGGUUGAUAUUUGGGCCUGAUGCGAGGUCGUUGCUUGUAUCUUUUCUCUUAAUCACGGUACCUGUCAUUAUUUUUUGUGUCUUUGUUGCAAGACAUCUUCGCCAUCAGUUUUCACCACAUAACGCUGGAUAUGCAAUUUUGGGGGUAGCAAUUGCCUUUACCAUUCAUGUAUUGGCUCUACUUCUGCUUACAUCAGCUCGGGAUCCUGGCAUUGUUCCACGCAAUUCGCAUCCACCUGAGGAAGAGCUUCGCUAUGACACCUCAGCAUCAGCAGAGAUCGGUGGAAGGCAAACUCCAAGCCUUCAAUUCCCUCGAAUAAAGGAUGUAAUUGUUAAUGGAAUGACUGUCAAGGUAAAAUACUGUGAUACCUGCAUGCUCUAUCGGCCUCCUCGCUGCUCUCACUGCUCCAUCUGCAACAAUUGUGUUGAGCGUUUCGAUCAUCACUGCCCAUGGGUUGGCCAAUGCAUAGGAUUGCGAAACUACCGUUUCUUCUUUUGUUUCGUUUCAUCUGCAAUGCUUCUCUGCAUCUAUGUUUUUGCCAUCAGCGCUUACUACAUUAAGGUUCUGAUGCACGAUAACCAGAGCACAGUAUGGAAGGCGAUGAAAGAAUCCCCGGCAUCCGUUAUUCUAAUGGCUUAUUGUUUUAUUUCCUUGUGGUUUGUUGGUGGACUCACCGGUUUUCACUUGUACCUCAUCAGCACAAAUCAGACAACCUAUGAAAAUUUCCGGUAUGGAGGUAGCAGAAGACACAACGUUUAUGACCGAGGUUGUUUGAAUAACUUCUUUGAAGUAUUUUGCACAAAAGUAAAGCCUUCACGAAACAACUUCCGAGCUUUCGUACAAGAGGUGCCACAAAGACCGUCUAUGCCCACAGCUCGGGAGGUCGACUACGAGGAAAUGGGCGAGGAUCGACGUGCAAAAGUAGAGGACGAUCUAGACUUUGGCGGGGACCUUUUAAAGAUCUCGCAGCGUCAUAAUAUUGGAGAUAUUGAAGCAGACAUUCGUAGCCGAGGGAGUGAUCGUGAUGGGCCCCACAAUAACUCUUCGGACGCUGAUUCUGUUCUCAACUCAGAUAGGCGGCCCGCAACCGCCACCCAGUCGGACACACGGCAAUCGAGUUGGGGAAGAAGCGGGAGUUUGGAAAUCGCGCAGGAUGGUGUUAAUAGGAACUCGGAUUUUCACUGAGGGCAAAGGGGGAAGCGUAUAUCGAUGAGAAGUAUCGUUUUUGGUGUAUGGUUUUGAAGGAAAUGUGGCAUUGAUAGGACUCAAGUUCACUGAUAUGGAAUCAAAUCUUACUUUUAGGGUACACUGUGUGCUAUAAUUUUCUUUCAUCAUUUUCCCUGAACUUCACAGUAGCUGUUAUAUAUUUGUUUGCUUGAGGAGCCAUGAAUAGGGUAUGCAUGCAUGGUUGUAAUAGAUUAGAAUGGCAGCAUUUAUACUUUUCUUGAACUUCAUUUUCUGGUGUUCAUGCCUGGUUGAUUUGUGGAACUGUCUCUUUUACAGAUUGAUUUUUUUGAAGGGUAAUGGAAUCUCAAGUCUUAAGCUUGUGUUUAUU